AUGGACCUGAUGCCAGACUUUUCCUUAGAAACCUGGGUUCUUGUGGCUACCAGCCUGGUGCUCCUGUAUCUUUAUGGCACCUCUACACAUGGACUUUUUAAGAAGCUGGGCAUUCCUGGGCCAACACCUCUGCCUUUCCUGGGUAAUAUCAUGAGCUACCGUAAGGUGAGUAGUAUGUGGGAUUUUGACAUAAAAUGCCAUAAGAAGUAUGGAAAUAUGUGGGGACUCUUUGAAGGUCGCAGGCAUGUUUUGGCCAUCACUGAUCCAGAAAUGAUGAAAACAGUGCUGGUGAAAGAAUGUUACUCUGUCUUCACAAACCGACGGCCUUUUGGACCAGUGGGAUUUAUGAAAAAGGCCGUCUCCAUAUCUGAGGAUGAAGAAUGGAAGAGAAUUCGAACAUUGCUCUCUCCUACUUUCACUAGUGGAAAACUCAAGGAGAUGAUACCCAUAAUUGCCCAGUAUGGAGAUGUGUUGAUGAAAAACCUGAGACAGGAAGCAGAGAAAGGCAAGCCUGUAGACUUGAAAAAAAUCUUUGGAGCCUACAGCAUGGAUGUGAUCACUGGCACAUCAUUUGGAGUGAACAUUGAUUCUCUUAGAAACCCACAGGAUCCCUUUGUGAAAAACGUCAGCAGGCUAUUAAAAUUUAAUUUCUUUGAUCCUUUUCUUCUCUUAAUAACUCUCUUUCCAUUCCUUAUCCCAGUUUUUGAGGCAUUACAUGUCAGUAUGUUCCCAAAAGAGGUUACUGAUUUUUUGAAAAUGUCUGUAGAAAGGAUGAAGGAAGAUCGUCUGAAAGACAAGCAGAAGCACCGAGUAGAUUUUCUGCAACUGAUGAUUAACUCCCAGAAUUCCGAAGAAAUCAAUUCCUACAAAGCUCUGAGUGAUAUAGAGCUUGUAGCCCAGUCAAUUAUCAUUCUUUUUGCUGGCUAUGAGACCACUAGCAGUACGCUCUCCUUUAUUAUGUAUCUUUUGGCCACUCACCCUGAGAUCCAGCAGAAGCUACAGGAGGAGAUUGAUGCAGCUUUGCCCAAUAAGGCACUUGUCACAUAUGAUGUCAUCAUGCAGAUGGAAUAUCUGGACAUGGUGGUGAAUGAGGCUCUCAGAUUAUACCCGAUUGCAGGAAGAAUUGAGAGAGUCUGUAAGAAAGAUGUUGAAAUCAAUGGGGUAUUCAUUCCCAAAGGUACUGUUGUGAUGAUGCCGAGCUAUGCCCUCCACCGAGAUCCAAAGUAUUGGACACAACCUGAUGAUUUCUGCCCUGAAAGGUUCAGUAAGAAAAACAAGGACAACAUCAAUCCUUACAUAUACCUUCCCUUUGGAGCUGGUCCCCGGAAUUGCAUUGGUAUGAGGUUUGCUCUCAUGAACAUAAAACUUGCUAUUAUCAGAUUAAUGCAGAACUUCUCCUUCAAGCCUUGUAAGGAAACCCAGAUCCCCAUUAAAUUAGCCACACAAGGAUUCCUUCAACCAGAAAAACCCAUUCUUCUAAAGGUUGUGGCAAGAGAUGAAACAGUAUGUGGAGCGUGAUUUUUCUAUGAACCUCGGCUUUACUCUUCAAGGAAGCUAUAUCCAAAACACCAAAGAUUUCAUUUUAUUUUCUUAAUAAGAGUUGAUUUAUUGUGAAUUAUCUCUCUUCACACUCAUGUAAUUUCAUCAACCUUUGCUUAGCUGGAUCACACAACAAACAUUAUGAAUUGUUUUUGAAUAAUUUUUACUGAAAUUUGAGUUAAUGAGGUGACUGUUUAAGUGACAUUUGUAUCCUAUGUUAUAUGGAUUAUUCAUUAGUAAGUAUCCCAUUGAGAUGAUCAAUAAACAUUGCUUUA